AUGCGCGCCCGCCGGGGGCUGCUGCGGCUGCCGCGCCGCUCGCUGCUCGCCGCGCUCUUCUUCUUCUCGCUGUCGUCUUCGCUGCUCUACUUCGUCUAUGUGGCGCCCGGCAUAGUGAAUACCUACUUCUUCAUGGUGCAGGCUCAAAGCAUCCUGCUUCGGGACAAUGUGAGGACCAUUGGUGCCCAGGUGUAUGAGCAGGUAGUCCGCAGCGCCUAUGCCAAGAGGAACAGCAGCCUGAAUGAUUCAGAUUAUCCUCUGGACUUGAACCACAGUGAAGCCUUCCCCCCAACCACGACAUUUCUUCCUGAAGAUUUCACCUACUUCGCCAAUCACCCUUGCCCAGAGAGGCUCCCUUCCAUGAAGGGCCCAAUAGACAUAAACAUGAGUGAAGUCAGAAUGGACGAUAUUCACGAGCUCUUCUCCAGAGACCCAGCCAUCAAGCUCGGAGGCCACUGGAAGCCUUCGGACUGUGUGCCUCGAUGGAAGGUGGCCAUCCUCAUCCCCUUCAGGAACCGCCAUGAGCACCUCCCGGUCCUCCUGCGACACCUGCUGCCCAUGCUUCAGCGCCAGCGCCUGCAGUUCGCCUUCUAUGUGGUCGAGCAAGUUGGCACCCAGCCCUUUAACCGAGCCAUGCUCUUCAAUGUCGGCUUUCAAGAAGCCAUGAAGGACUUGGACUGGGACUGCCUGAUCUUUCAUGAUGUGGAUCAUAUACCCGAGAGCGACCGCAACUACUAUGGCUGUGGACAGAUGCCCAGGCACUUUGCGACCAAACUGGACAAAUACAUGUACCUGCUUCCCUACGCAGAGUUUUUUGGUGGAGUAAGCGGCUUGACUGUAGAACAGUUUCGGAAAAUCAAUGGCUUUCCUAACGCCUUCUGGGGCUGGGGUGGAGAAGAUGACGAUCUGUGGAACAGGGUACAAAAUGCAGGCUAUUCUGUGAGCCGGCCAGAAGGGGACACGGGAAAAUACAAGUCCAUUCCUCACCACCAUCGAGGAGAAGUCCAGUUUCUUGGAAGGUACGCUUUGCUGAGGAAGUCAAAGGAGCGGCAAGGGCUAGACGGCCUCAACAACCUCAACUACUUUGCAAACGUCACGUACGACGCCUUGUAUAAAAACAUAACUGUCAACUUGACACCCGAGCUGGCUCAGGUGACUGAGUACUGAAAUGUGGAGAGAAGCCGCGUCCGCCUACCCACCACCCCCUCAGAAGCGCUGUGAUGUGCCAUCCUGGGGGCCAACACAGGACGAGGACAGGAAGAGAGUGGAGUGCCGGACUGUAGGGUUCCAGAAAACUGUCACAGAGUACACGCACAAAGGCCUUCGCUGUAGGCUCAAACAGGGACAGGAGGCUUGGGGACACCUCUCAUCAGCACUGGCUUCAUUCUACAAGACAGACGUCUGCCCUGCUGCUCUCUUCUGUCCCCACCCCAGGGCCAGGCUAGGUGCCCCUCGCAUAGAUGGAUGGCCGAGCCCAGAGGCCACCAUGGCCAGCCACCCCUGGCUUGAAGUAGGAGGACCACCACACCGUUCAUUCUCCGCA